UUCGUCACAAAUUUGGGUGGGGAAAACAUGACCCUGACCUUUGCGCAAGCGCAAACGAUUCAAAAUUUUGCGCCUGCGAAAAUGAAACAACUAAACAAUUGGGAAUUUCCAGGUACACAGUAAAAUUCUUAAGUUCCUCCAUCUUCGCUUGUUAAGGAAAAUCAAUUUUUUUUUUUGAAACAAUCAUCCUUGGUACCAAUUUAUUUAUUAACUAUUCUGACAUGACAGCGAUCUACCGGCAAAAUAUGUGAGGCCUAUUGAACCGUGAUAACUAGAUCUUGUUUUUUUUUUUACUAUUAUUAUUAUCACAGUUUAGUUGACGUUCGCGAGUCUAGUCCCGUGGCUUUAAUACCGUGUAAUGGUGAAAAACUGUUUGUAAUUACUGUUAUUGCUUUGAUACUUAUAAACUUGUUUGUCGAGGGAAGUUCUAUACUGAAUUCGUGUUUUAUAAUAUUUACAUUAUUAAGUGCAUCAUAUAGCUAACGACUUGAAAAAAUUUAACAAUGGCUGGUCAAACAAUACAAGAUAGACUACUAGCUGCUAGACAUAGUCUAGCUGGACAAGGUUUGGCGAAGUCUGUAUGCAAGGCGACUACCGAAGAAUUAAUUGGACCGAAAAAGAAACAUUUGGACUAUUUAAUACAUUGUACUAAUGAACCAAAUGUGUCGAUUCCUCAAUUAGCCAAUCUAUUGAUUGAACGGUCACAGAAUGCCAGUUGGGUCGUAGUAUUUAAGUCAUUGAUCACGGUUCAUCAUUUAAUGUGCUAUGGAAAUGAGAGAUUUACACAGUAUUUGGCUUCAAGUAAUAGUUCCUUUCAACUUAGCAAUUUUUUGGAUAAAAGUAGUUUACAAGGACCUGCUGGAGUACGAUCUGGAUAUGAUAUGUCACCAUUUAUACGACGUUAUUCAAAAUACCUUAAUGAAAAAGCUUUAUCUUAUCGUACCGUAGCAUUUGAUUUUUGCAAAGUGAAAAGAAGUAAAGAAGAUGGAGUCUUACGUACUAUGAAUUCCGAUAAGUUAUUAAAAACACUACCAGUCUUACAAUCUCAACUUGAUGCAUUACUUGAAUUUGACUGUACUGCUGCUGAUCUCACUAAUGGUGUUAUUAACAUGGCAUUUAUGUUGUUAUUUCGUGAUCUGAUUCGUUUGUUUGCUGGAUAUAAUGAUAGUAUCAUUAACCUUUUAGAAAAAUAUUUUGAUAUGAAUAAAAAACAAUGUCGGGAUGCUUUAGAUUUAUAUAAAAAGUUCCUUAUUAGAAUGGAUCGUGUAGGAGAGUUUCUUAAAGUAGCAGAAAAUGUUGGGAUUGACAAGGGUGAAAUACCAGAUCUUACAAAAGCACCAAGUAGUUUAUUAGAUGCAUUAGAGCAGCAUUUAGCUUCUAUUGAAGGCAAAAAAUCUGCAGCAAACACUCCUACUCAAGCAACAAGCAAUCAUCGGACAGAUGUAAAGACUGGUGUAUCUGCCCUUUCUUCCACUAGCAGCUCUUUUGGAACCAUUGCCCAACAAUCAGACGGUGUUGAAGAAUCAUUAAAACAAGCAGUAUUGGCUGAAGAAGAAGCUGUUUUAAAUCAGUAUAAAGCCAAAGUAAACAGUCCUAUUAAUGGUACAACUUCAGUUAACAAUCCAUUUUUAGUAUCAUCUGAGCCUAUUGUAGAUUUGUUUUCUUCUCCAGCUCCAACCACACAGAUAUCUGCUAAAGCUUCAGAUGAUUUGCUUCAAUUAAGUAAUCCAUUUACCGAUAUGUUUUCCGCUUCUAUGACGGGAUCACAACCAGAUGCUCCAAUUGAUAAUAUGUCUACACAUCAUGCUAAUAACUGGAUGAGCAAUGGAUUUAAUACUAAUACUAGCAAUGCAUUUGUUGAUGAUAAAUCAUUUACAUCUGUUUUUGGACAACCUGAAUCUAAUCAAACAUGCCCAGCUCCUAGUGUUUCAGCUGCGUAUUCUGGAACACCUUUUAUAUCCUCAAAUGUUUAUUCUGAAUCAAAUAUUUUUGAAUCAAGUUCAUCAUCUGUUGAAAAACCACAGUCCAGAAAAUCUAGUGGGACAUCAAUACCUCCGCCAAGGCCUCCACCACCUAUUACUACUAUCCCUACAUCAUCUACUUCUGAUUUUAAUCCUGUUUUGGAUUUGGCAGCAGACAUUUUUCUUCCUCAAAGCACCUCUCAACCUUUAAAUGGAUUUCCUGUCAAAACUGAUUUGGUCGCAAUAGCUUCAGGUACAUCCGAUUCAGGCAAUAAAAAAGUAUUGACUGGUGAUUUAGAUAGCAGUUUAGCAUCAUUAGCAGAAAAUCUUUCUAUCAAUAAAGCUACACAACCACCACCAGUCCAAUGGAAUUCACCUAAAAAUGCUCCGAAACCUGGAAAUGGUCAACCAGGAAUGGGUUGGAGCCCUCAACCUAUGGCUGCUACAACAGGUGCAAAUUAUAGACCAAUGGGGCAAGGAAUGAUGUCCAAUCCUUCACCAUUUGUAUCAACCUAUAGUCCUAUGGGUGUACAACCCAGCUGUAUUGGUGGUAGUGCAGUAGGUGGUGGUAAUUUGGGAAUGACUGCUACUUCCAAUAUUCAGACUUCUCAGCCACAACCUGUCUUAGAUCCUUUUGGUUUAUAAGGAAAUUAACUGGGAAUGAUACAGUUUAAUGUACAGAAUUUAAAAUGUACAACAUAUUGUAAAGAGUGCACAACAUAAUCGUCAUCAUUGUUGGCAGUCUUUGUGCCAUAAAUUCAAAAUUUUAAUUGGCAAUAUCAAUAUAAUUUCAGGUAUAACUGUUAUUUGAUUUAAAAUAUAUAUACUG